AUGACUGAUAACACUGAAGCAAAUUAUGAAGAUAGAACAACUAUAAAAUCUGUAGCAACAACUAAAGAAACAGAUAAUGAAGAAGAAAUUUAUUCAAGAACUACUAUGGCUAAUGUUUCGCCUAAUUCUGUGAUAGACGUUGAAUCAACUCCAGGUUUAAAGCCUGAGACAGCUUCUAAAGCAAAUUUUUCACCCGUUGAAACAACAUCUUUAGCAAAUAUUGAAGCAACGUCAAACAAUGAAGCAAAAUCUGUAUCAAAUAUUGAAACGUCCCCUGAAGCAGGUGUUGAAGCAAAGACUGUAUCAAGUAUUGAAGAAUCCUCUAAAGCUAAUAUUGAAGCAAAACCUGUAGCAGGUAUUCAAGCAUCUUCUGGAUCAGGUAUUGAAGCAUCCUCUAAAGGAAGCAUUGAAGCAUCUUCUGAAGCGAAUAUUGAAGCAAAAACUGUAGCAAGUAGUGAAGCAUCCUCUAAAGGAAGUAUUGAAGCAACUUCGAUAAAGUCUGAAGUCAAAGAUACUAAAACAAGUCUGAAAGGAAAUUCUUUAUCAUCUAAUACGGCUACACCUUUAUCAAAUAUUGAAGCUUCUCUAUCAGCUACAGACAAAAUACGAUCAACUUCGUUGACUUCAAAAUUUGAAUCAAACUCUAUUUCAACCGUCAAAUCAAGUUCUUCAAAUUUUGAAACAACUGUGCCUUCUGCUACUAAUUCCCGUUUGAAUUCUAAUAAAUUGAAUACCGAAACAACUUCCGAAUCUGAAGCAAAAAUUAAGUCUUCCGAAUUUGAAGCAACAACAAAGUUUCCCUUCGAAGCUGAAGCAACAACUAGGUUUCCCUUCGAGGCUGAAGCAAGAAGGAAGUUUCCCUCCGAAGCUGAAGCAGAAAUGAAGUCUUCCAAAUCUAAGGUAUCAACAAAGUCUCUCUUCACAUCUUCAACAUCAGAAGCCGAAUCACCUUCUAAAACAGGCUCUUUAGUGAAUUUUUCUACUGAAGCAACUUUUGUAGCAAAUAACACAAAACCUGAAGCUUUAACAAUAAUAUCAACAAGUUUUACGCCUCACAUUUCAUCAUUAAACACUAGAAGAAAUUUUGAAACAAAUUUUGCUUCAAAUAACACUUUUUCUUAUACUGAGGCUAGUCAAAUAAACAAUUCUGAAACAAUUUCUGCUACAACUUUAUUUCCCCCUACUGAAGCAACAGAACCUCUAAUAAAUGUUUCUGAAGCAAAUGCUUAUAUUAAUAAUGAAUCAACUUCUAAAACAAAAACUGAAGCAGAUUCUUCAAUCAUUUUAGUAGACUCUGCUUCAUCUUUUAAUGAAGCAACUUCAAUACCGAAAACUGAAGCAGGCUCAACUAUAACUAAUCUAGCAAGUUCUGCUUCAUCUUUUAAUGAAGCAACAUCUAUAAAACCAACUUUAAGUACAACUGAAGAAAAUUCUAUAAAAAAUAUUACCGACACUUCAAAUAGAACAUCGUUCAAAUUAUUAAAUGUUUCUGAAGCUUCAACAAUGCUUCCAUUCGAAACUGAAAUAAAAUUGAGGUUUAAAUCUGGAGCAAGAACAAAGUUUUUCUCCAAAUCUGAAGCAACAACAAAAUUCACUUCCGAAUCUGAAGCAAGGAAGAAGGUUACCCCUAAAUUUGAAACUAGAAUGAAAUCCUCUAAAUCAUCAACUGUAUCUGUAUCAACAAUCGAAUCUGUAGCGCCAACAAAGUUUCCUUCCGAAUCUGAAGCAAAAAUGAAGUCUCCUUUCGAACCGGAAGCAAAGAAGAAGGUUCCUUUCACAUCCGAAACAAAAAAGAAGUUUUUUAAAUCUUCAACCGAAUCUGCAUCAACUACCGAAUCUGUAGCACCAACACACUUUCCUUCAGAACCUGAAACAAAAAUGAAGCCUGCUUCCAGAUUUGAAGCAUCAACCAAGUCUCCUUCCGAAGUUGAAGCAUUAACAAAGUCUCCUUCCAAAGCUGAAGCAAAAGUGAAAACAACCGAAUCUGAAGCAAAAAUGAACUCUCCUUCUGAAUCUGAAACAUCAACAUCCGAACCUCAAGCUUCAACUUCUUUCAAGUUUGAAGCAAUAACAAAGUUUCCCUUCGAAGCUGAAGCAUCAGCAAAGUCUUCUACCAAACCUUUGGCAUCAACUAACAUUUUUAAAAAUAUUGAAGUAAACUCAUCUAAAGCAACAAGAAGACCAGGUACUAGAAGCAAAGAAAUUUCUUUUGAAAAUUUUUUAAAUAAAAUUGGUGAAAGAAAAUUUUCAACAAAAAAGCCAAAAUUAAGUUCAGAAAAUUAUAAAAUAAAUUUGUUGAAUACUACCCCUUUUGAAGCAAUUACAGAAGGAAAUAUUAAUAUUUUUAAGCCUACUAAUAAGUAUGAAACAAAUUCAAUAAAUAAUGAAGCAGCUUCAACAAACAUUAUUAAAACUGAAGCAGAAACAACUAAUCAAAAUAUUGAAACAAAUACUGGACCAACUCUUGAAGCAAAAUCUUUAGUUUCAAAUUUUGAAGCAAAAUCUGAAGCAAAUACUAAAUCAACUUAUCCAAUAAAAUCUGAAGCAACUUCAGAAAUUUAUUCUAAAAAUGCUGAAACAAUUACUGAAGCACCACUAUCUUUAGCUAAUGCUAAGAAUUUGGGUGCGAAUUUUGCUGCUACUGCUUCUGAAGCAGAUUCUGUAACUAAUAGAGAAUUUGAACAAACAACUCCUUUAGUAGGUAUUGAAGCAACUACUGUAGCAAAUAUUGUUGCAACUUCAAAACCUGUAGCAAGUAAUGGAGCAGUUUCUGUAGCAAGAAUUGAAGCGAUUUCAACUCCUUUAGCAAGUAUUGAAGCAAAUACUGUAGCAAAUAUUGUUGCAACUUCAAUACCUGUAGCAAUUAUUGAAGCAACUUCUAUGGCAAGUAAUGAAGCAACUUCAACUGUGGCAAAUAAUGGAGCAGCUUCUGUAGCAAGGAUUGAAGCAAUUUCAACUCCUGAAGCAAGUAUUAAAGCAACUCUUGUAGGUAGUAAUGAAGUAGCGUCAUUAGCAAAAGUUAACUCAACAUCAGCUUCUAAUAUUGAAGCAAAUACUGAAUCAACUUCUUUAAUCAACUCAAGAACGAAUGUUUUAUCGACUUCGGCAGUUAAUGAAGUUUCAUUAAAACCAACACCUGCUACAUUAAUUUUUGACAAAAAUACCCAAAAAAAUAUUGAAGCAAAUUCUGUAGCAUUUUCUACGCCAAACUUUUUAGCAAAUUCUAAUGGUACAACUUCUGCUGCAGAAAGUUCUGAAGCAAAUUCUACUUCAUCAGGGUUCGUGUCCAAAGCAACAGAAUCCUCCACAGCUUCAAAUGUUUCUGCUUCAAGAUUUAAAAUUAGUUCUGAAGCAACAACUAAAACACACCCAAAAACAACCCUAAAAACUCCAAGAAGGUUUACAAAAUUGCAGAAUUGUCUUCAAAAUUGGACAAGAACAACACAAAAUACUGGAACAGCUUCAAUAACAAUUAAACCUAUUGUUGAAGCAUCUUCCCCAAAUGUUUCUCUCAACAAGAUUACUGUCUCUGUUGAAGACUCUACUAAUCUUCUCUCUUCAAAAAUUAGUGUUUUCUCUCCUCAAACCAACACUAUUUCUCCAACUAAACAAAAUAUUGAAACUGCUUCAAUAACAGUUAAACCUGAAGCAUCUACUAAAGCACUAAACAAAAACAUUGUUGCUUCUCCCAACAAGACUACUGUUUCUGUUCAAGACUCUAUUAUUCCUUUCCCUUCAAAAAAUAUUAGAGUUGUCUCUCCUCAAACCAACACUAUUUCUCCCUUAAAAGUUUCUUCUUCUCUAGUUUCUACUAAUUUUGGCUUUAAUUGUUCCAACGAUAAAUCAGUCUGUCAGUGUUUGCCUGGUUUUUCUGGUUUUCCUCCACUAUUUCCGUGCAAUGCAGAAAUUUCAUUAAAUGCUUCUUCCAAUUCUUUGAGAAAUUUGGAAUGUUUUAAUAAUUCAGACAGCAAGUGUGGUAAUAGAUGUGAAAAUGGUUACUUUUUGAAUAGUAAUGGCUCUUGUGAAGAUGUGGAUGAAUGCAAAAUGGGUGUUGCUGUUUGUGGAGAAGAAGCAUUUUGUCGAAAUUUAGAGGGAGCUUAUCGUUGUGAAUGUCCUAAAAUUUUAAAAGAUGGUCAUGAAUGUGCGGCAUUAUCACCAAAAUCUAUUAAAGAAUAUAUUAAAGUUAAAUGCUUUCGAGGUGAAAAUUUGGAAAAUUCAGCAAUUCAAGUUUAUUUUACUUCUAAUGUUUGGAUACAAUUUAAAGGCCGUGUAAUUGUUAAUGGUAGUCAGGCCGAGAAUCCAAAAUGUUUUAAAGACUUUUCCAGUAACAACAACAACACCAACAAUUCCUCCAAUUUUUUAAUUCCUGCAAAUGAAUGUAAAUUAAUUGAAAAAGGAAUAAAAAUAAAUACAUUAAGUACACGUCUUUUAAUCAAACCAAUAAUUGAAUUAAAAUCUUUUAAUUAUUUGUAUAUUCCUCCAAUUUAUUUUAUUCAAAUUCAAUGCCAUUUUGUGGAAGAAGAAAAUUUGACUAAUUUUUCAGAAAAUUUUACAAAAACCCCAAAAAUAACAACAAAAAUGGGAAUAACAAAGACACCAAAAAUGACGAGCCAGAAGGUGUUUGAAGAUGUUUUUGAUAAGAAAAUGAUGAGGAAAACGACAAAGACAACUUUAAAAACAAAAACAACAAGAGAAUCAGUUGGAACAGCAACAAAAAGUAAUUUGGUAGAGGAACCUAUUUGUUUGUUGGAUGUGACUGAUAAAAAUGGUGUACAUGUUUUAAAAAUAAAAGCUGGCGAGACUUUAACGUUAACAUUGAGCCUCGUUUCUCGUUUAUGGCAACAAAAAAUUAGAAAUAUAACAAUAUUCCCAAAAAGAUGUUAUGCAAUAAAUUUGGACAAUGGAGGAAGAUAUUGUUUAACAGAUAAUGGAGGUUGUGCUUUUGAAAAAGGAUUAUUUCCUGAAUGGAAAAGGAAAAAUAAUUAUAAAUCAGAGGCCAAUUUCUCAGCUUUUCGAUGGACAGAAACUAAUAGUGUUCGUUUUGAAUGUGAUUGUAGUGUUUGUUCAGAAGAAAAAUGUCCAAAGUUUGAUUGUGAAAAAAGAAGAAAUUUGCGAUUUAAAAAAUAUUUUUAUAACAAUUGGUCUUUAAAUGAAAAUGAUGAAUCUUCUGUUGAUAAUGAAAAUUUGGCUAGUUUAACAUGGCUUUCUAGACCAUCUUCUUUGCCUGUUAUAAUGGAAGUUGAUGAUGAAAACAAAAGGAGAAGAAGAAGGAAAAGAAGAAAAGUUUAGUUUAUUUUAAAUUUUUUUGAUAAUUUACUUACAAGGGCGUAGCUGGUGGUGGAUUCGGCGACUAAAGCCCCCCCCUCCCCCCGAAAUAGGGAAAGGAAAAGAUUUGAUGAGGGGGUUGAGCAAAAAACGAAAUUUUUUCGCC